AUGGACGGCGCCCGAGUCCUGAUCGCCGCCGGUGCCACCGCCGUCUGCUGCCUCGCCUGCGCCUUCUGGGUCUUCCACUCCUCUUCCUCCUCCUCCCCCGCAUCCUCAGAGAAGCACCGAUCCCCUCCCGCCAACUGCUGCGGCUGCGCUUCCUGCGGCUGCCGCGACGCCAAGUCCGCCAACGGCGACAUGGCUGUGGGCGGGGAGAACAAGAAGAAGGCGUCGGAGCCGGCUCCGCCGGAGGCGCCCUCCAUGAUGGAGCAGCUCGUGCCCGAGAUCACCACCCACGCGCUCAGCUACCUCGACUACACCAGCCUCUGCCGUCUCUCCAUGACCAACUCCGCCAUGCGCCGCGCGGCCAACGACGACGGCGCCUGGAAGUCACUGUACCACAAGGAUUUUACGGUGGAGCAGGGUACUAUAAAUCCUCCUAAUGGAUGGAAGGCAUACUAUGCAGCUACAAAAGCCAUCAUUAACCUUAAUGCAGAGUUCUACAAUAUCAUCAGGAAGGGUCCUUGCCAGCAAUGA